AACUCCAACUGUGUCCUAAGCCUAAUUCUUUCUUGAAAUUGGGUUUUCAAUCUAUUUUACAUAGUUGCGCCCCUGACGAGACACCUCAUAGAAUGAUUUUGCAACCAUAAAGAGGUGGCUGUCAAUUAACCUCUAAUAUUUAAAUGGGCAACUAGAUAAGUGCUAUAAAUGAGGCCACAAAUAUAUGCCCACACACAGCUAAGAUAGGGAAGCACUAGCAAGUACUUCUUGAUAUUGAAAAUGGCAAUAGCAGAAAGAAGGUCUCCGGGUUUCUCUGUCGCUAGUUUUUACCUAGUUGCGUUGUUCAUUUUCUUACCAGUUUUCUCAGAGAUGCCAUCAGUGGUAGCCAUUGCAUGCGGCGUUGGGAAAACUUAUGUGGUAACAAAUACGACGACUGAUUAUACCGGACAGUGCAAGUAUUGUCCAAAGGAAAUCGAAAAUAAAUGCAAGAUGCAGGGAAGACCAGUGUCUACCAUAGAGUGUAACUGGUGGGAUUCAGCCGGAGCAUCCAGGGUAUCAGUAUGCGAGGGAUGUUGUGGACGGAUGGUUUUAAAUCCAUCGCCACCUAUAACGCGUGAAUGUCAAGCAGGAGAUAUAGAUCAGUCUUUUCCAGCAACAGCUACCCCUCCAUAUAAUUGUGGCCGUUGUCAAGACGGUUGUAAAAGUAAAUGUGAGUUCUUAGGUACUGCAGUUGCAAGGGAGAUGUGCUCUUUCAUGCGUUAUGAUGGUGAAGAGAUUUAUGUGUGUACUUGUUGUUGCAGAAAUAUAUAGUAAAAACAUUCGUAUAAGAAUAAAUCCAUUUCAGAUGAGUAUACAAU